ACCGAAUAAUCAGAAUGCUGCAGCUUGGGAUAUUUCUAGUUUUCGCCUGUAUGGCGUGCCAUUUUAAAGGAUCCUUGGCAGAUCGUCGGGAGCCGACAACAUCGGUGUGCGUUAUCCUGAACCCACGACGAGAUUGCGGCGAGUUCUGCUUGACAGCCUUGAAAAGGAUUCUGGAUUACAGUACGGGCUCUCGAAAUUUCCCAAAUGGUCAGACUCGUUUGAAGGAAUCCCUGAUGGAUCCUGAGGUUUCAAUUGAAACCAAAAUGAAGGCCUUGGAACCCUUCGGACUUUCCGAAACAAAUGAGGCAGCCACCAACAGAGCGGAAGGCCAACCGAAAAAUCUUCGAGAAACCAUGUUACAACUUCAAAAAUUUCUGGAAUCCACGGAGAGGGAAUUUGAUGGAAAGGAUCCGCAGCUCCCACUGGAUUAUUUAGUUAAUAGUAUUCAAGCAAAAGUUCCUAGACGCACAGAAGCAAUCCAUCCAAAAUAUUUCUAUAUUAAUAGUUCUACACUAAAUAAUUCUGCAAACACUUGUAGCCAAAUGGGAGGCUACUUGUUGAGAUUGAAAAACUUGGAGGAACUGAAUACCAUCAAGGAAAAACUAUAUGAAUUUAACAUAUACUGGUUAAAUGUUAAUUUUUAAUUAGGACUAAGAACUCUGUUUAAUGCUUAUGAACCUCAAUUUUAAUUUGGAAAAGUGCCAUUAAAUAAAUGUAAAUGUUUCUCAAAGA